UGGAAGCUUCGAACGCAGCAGAAAUUUGAACAUGCAACCUCCAUCUCUUCGCCAUUCUUCAACUUGCCCAGCCACUGCCGCCACCGCGUCUGUACCCCGCGGUACGCCCUUCUCAAGCGUCAUCCAAACGCCUUUGUUCCCAUGCAUUUUCGAGCCUCCACGCAGUCGCCAUUUUCCGGCUGUGAAGUCUCUCAUCUGCCGUUGUGUAACCCUUCGUUCAGCCAUAUCCAUCAAGUAUGAAAGCUUCAGCUUCCUCUCCCUUCUGCUGCUGAUUUUUUUAAAACAUGUGAAAACUAAGCCAUCUUAGAACAAGUAAAACACGGGUUUCUGGUGGUGGAAAAGGAAGGACUGUUGGUGCCGUUUGUUUAAGGAAGGAGGUCCGUUGAAGGAGGUCCAGCCCAUAACACCGCUGAAGGAGGUCUGAUCCACGACGUCGCUGUAGCAGAUAAUCAUGGCAUCAAAAGGUAGAGGUGGACGAAUAGUACGAAACACUUGUCUCGAUCAAUCUCAGCUUUCCUCACGUAGAUCAGGUGAGCAAACUGUUGAUAUUGAUUCUUCUCAACUACCAAUACAUGUGUUAGGUCAACAGAACGAUAAUAAUGAUGAACCUCAUCUACACAUUUGAAUGUGGGAUCAGCAUCAAACCAAUCCCCACAAGUUUUAUCACAAUCAUCACCUCAAUUAGAUGGUGUGAAUUCGUCUGACGCAUCUGCUUUAGAUGCAGAAGAUAAUGAGCUACCUAAUGUUGGACAAUCAAGUGUGCAUGCUGAAACUAGGAGUAACGGAAAGCUGGUAAUAGCUGUAGAGAAAGGCGAUAAACCGAAGAGAUUUACAGAUCAUACGAUAACUCGUGACAUCACGAAAGAUUUAUUAAGUAGGAUGCCUUCUCCAGUGCCAAGAUGGCAGGAUUAUUGUCCAAACAUAAAGGACGAAUUGUUUAAAGGUUUUUUGGAAAAACAUGAAUUUGCAUCGAAUUAUGAUAAGGCUAUGGCAAGAACUGUUUGGAAUAAGACAAUGCAUGACCGCUAUCCUAAUAUUUUGAAAAGAGCAAGGGAUAGAGCUUUUAAGGAGGCAAACUCUACUAGUAUUGCUGAUAUUAAGGGUCAUGGACCUAAAGCAAUGAAAGUUGAUGUUUGGAAUGGCUUAGUUGAUCAUUGGUUAGAUUCAAAGUGGCAAAACAAGUCUGUGGCCGGCCAAAAAAAUAGGGCUGCUAUGCCUACUCAUAAACUACACACUGCAGGGUCUAUCAGUUUUGGCGAACACAAGAGAAGAAAGGAAGCUAAGUUGAAGCGUCGUGUAUCUUUCCUUGAAGUAUAUGAUGAUGUUCAUAAGAAAAAAAGUGGAGAAUAUGUUUCUAAAGUAUCCAAGGAAAUUAUUCACAGAUUUUCCACAAUGGCUCAUGCAUAUCAGAAUAUGUUACUCGCCAUGUGUGUUGAAUCCAGAGCCAACGUAGAGCUCCCACUUCCUGCAUCAGAUCAAGAUCCUCAGACAAAUAAAGGUUGAUAUCUGAAAAGAAUUUGGAAGAUAUUCACAUCUUAUGCUCAUUCUCUCAAUGCAUGCUUGGAAUUGGAUCUAGAAGAUGCAAUGAGGUAGCCCUCACAUACAUUUUUAUCUUUUUAAUGCACAUCUUGGUAGCAUAGUUAAAAAUUGAAAUUAACAUCAAUUCAACAUUCUAAUAUUUCAGUCACAGUAAUACACUGUUGAUCAAUACGUAUUCUAGCAAUGUUCACAUCAUUCAUUAAGUUAACCAGCUUAUAGCGAAGUUGAUUAAACGGUGUAUGAUGUCAAAUUAAUAUUCCGUCCUUGUAAAGAAAAUUGCAGUUAAUUGUUGCAAUUUUUAUUAUGUUCCAUUACUUGCUUAGUUUCACCAAUAUUUGGUGUUUAUGAUUAUUCAUUCCACACAUUAUCAAGGAAAGACUUACACUUGUUAAAUUCUUCAUAAUCAAAAGCCAUUGUGGAAAAUCUGUGCUAUCAAAGGCAUUGCUGCUCAAAUCCCUUCAACAUGGAUUUUAGAGAAUUUCACCAUUGUAUUACAAGAAACAUUUAAUCAAUUUGAGUACAUAUAAAAUAUUACAUGCCUAAAACUAAAACUA